CAGCUUUGACAACUACUCUGCCAAUGUAAUGGUGGACAGCAAGCCCGUCAACCUGGGCCUGUGGGAUACAGCUGGACAGGAGGACUACGACCGGCUGCGCCCACUGUCCUACCCACAGACGGAUGUUUUCCUCAUCUGUUUCUCCCUCGUGAGUCCAGCGUCCUACGAGAACGUCAGAGCUAAGUGGUACCCAGAGGUUCGCCACCACUGCCCCUCCACUCCCAUUAUCCUGGUGGGAACCAAGCUGGAUCUGAGGGACGAGAAGGAAACCAUUGAGAAGCUGAAGGAGAAGAAGCUGUCACCGAUCACCUACCCCCAGGGCCUCGCUCUGGCUAAGGAGAUAGACGCAGUGAAGUACCUGGAGUGCUCAGCUCUGACCCAGCGUGGUCUGAAGACCGUGUUUGAUGAGGCCAUUCGUGCCGUGCUCUGCCCACAGCCCACCAAAGUCAAGAAGAAGGGCUGCAUCCUGCUGUGAACGACCCAGGACCAGAACCUCUAAACCUCUGACCCCGUGGUGAAAGACGACUCAAAUGUUUCCUGAUAGUUUGAAAUAAAACAGUGUUUAGUUCUAAAUCUACAGCUGAAAGUCUGAACAAAAAAAAACCCUUUGUCGCUUAAAGAUAUUUUUAUACACACACUAGUAAAACCUAUAGUUUCACAUAACACCAUGUUUUCAGUCAUACAGUAACUAUACAGGUGAAAGCCUCUAAACAAGAACAAACAAUCCUGCAUCGCUCCAAACUAGAAACAUGGCUCCUCCAUCAUGACCUAAAUGAACACGAACCUACAGCACAACAAGAGGCUGGAGUGAGCAGGAUAUUUACUAUUAAAUGUACAAUUCUAUCAGAAUGAAUCCUUAAAUAUUGUCA